AUGGAGGAUUCUUUUCAACGUCACCUUGACGCGCUUAAUGCUGUAUAUGAGCAGGUCAUCUUGGAAAACGCUGAACUCCGCAAGCAGCUGGGGAAGGCGCCGCAAGAAGACCCACUGAGGCAGCUAAGUCAGACAGGCUCGAUGCCUCCAUUGCCGGCAUUGCCGCCGAUUGCAACUAUAUCGACUUUAAAUCUCCAACACGAUGCAGUGAAUGUGGUGCAGCUUCCAGGAGCCUUAGAAAGUGAGAAGCUGAGCCCACGCUUCCGUGAAAGGGCCAAUGAAAAGGAAGCCGACAAGGACCAUGAGGACCUCAAUGGCUGCCAUAGUAAUAUGAUCCCAUCGCUGUCCGAGUCUCUCCCGUCUCCAGCGCCACCUUCUUCGAAUCCUCCACCGAUGACCGACUCAAAGUCCGUUCGCUCCAAGCCAUCCCAGCGUCGCAGCAGUUUCCUGCGGAACUCACUCAAAACCUCCGACUCCGAAGAGGAGAGCGAAGAUGAUGCCACUUUCUUGCUGCUGCUCGACGUCAUCCCGGCCAUUGUCAUAUUGAUUAGUGCCGUUGUCGCAGGGUUCAGCGCCGACAUCGCUCCCGAGCACGCAAUCUGGACAGUUCUAGAGAUGAUGUUCACCGUGUUCUUCAUGGGCGAGGUUCUGGUGAAGCUCCGUGUCUUCGGGUUCAAAGAGUACUUGUGGGGGAGCGACUGGUACUGGAGUUGGUUUGAUAUUCUUUGUGUCAUCCUGGCGGUCGUGGACCUGAGUUUGACCCUCUCAGCCGCGGCCGCAGGCUCCAAGAGUGACACGGGGGCCUUGAGUUCAUUGAAGAUGCUGAAGCUGGCACGUUUGGGACGCAUUGUGCGGCUGCUGAAGUUCAAAAUCUUUCAGGAGCUGAAGCUCAUGAUUCAAGGCGUUUUCACUGGCCUGCGCGUGCUCUUCUGGGCGGUGGUCUUGCUUGUAGGAUGCAUGUACCUGCUUGGAGUGGUAACCAGAACGGUCUUCUCGGAUUACGAUGAGUUCGCAACGGUUCCAGUUGCAAUGCUCACAAACUUCCGUUGCUUCACGGAUGGAUGCGUAGCUAAAGAUGGAACUCCGCUUCAGUGGAGGCUCAAUGAGGAGUUCGGUGGCUUCUUCAUGAUCGCAUACAUUCUCCUCUUCCUGUUCGUCACGAUUGGGAUCUUCAACUUGAUCAUGGCCGUUUUCAUUGACAACGUCACUGAUGGCAGCACCAAGAAACGGCAGCGUGAGCUCGGGCAGAAUGCGCCAAAGACGGCCUUCAUUAUCUCCGAUGCAUUGAGACACUUGAUCUUGACGAACAUUCUGCGAAAAGAGGCUGAAGUUGAGGCAGCAGAGAUGGAGAAGAAGGGCCGACCCAGGCGCGUUUCGAAGAUUCUAAGAGAGAAGAUGCAAGGUCUCAAAGAGAUGUAUGGAUACAAGCCACACAGUUCAGGCGAGUACGAGGAGCUCACGGCCAAAAUCCGUUCAGAGAUGAUGGAGAGGAACAUCGUCGUCACGAAGGACGAAUUCAAUCAUUGGCUGCACACCGAAAAGGGUCUCCUCGAAACCCUUGAUGACUGUGAGAUCGACUUGUCCUGCAAGUUCGACUUGUUCGAUGUCCUUGAUGCAGAUCUUUCGGGCGAGUUGGAGUUUGAAGAGAUGAUUGAUGGCUUGUUGAAAUGUCGUGGCCCUGCCUCCAAGACAGAUAUCAUCGCAAUCCGUCUCAAGACAAGGCUGUUGGUGCGAAUGAUGAACCGCGUUUGUGAGAAGCUCGGUAUUGAGGCCGAGGACUAG